CAUGGCGAUUAUUGGUAUCGUCACUCAGUCAUUGAGAUUGGAGCAUCAAGCAUCAGGCAUUAGGCAUGGUAUGGCAUGGAGCGGGCACUCGGCAAGUGGACGACGGGCUUGAUGCCGUCCUAGUACAGUCUCUUCGAGAACCAAACCCCGUCAAACUAGUACAGUUUGCUCGCCACACGCGCGCAUCCAGACCGCUGUAUGAAGCUUCCAGACGCAUGCUCGCGUUUCCCACCAGACUAAGGUUGCCGCGAUUCGCAAGCGGCCCUGUUGAGUGUCGCAACUCGUAUUGCCACUUCGUUUGCGGCCGUCGGUGUGACGGUGACAGGGGAGUCUGUCAAACAAAACAGCACGUUUUAGCUUGCCAGACGGCUUUAGAGAGCUGGAAGCUGCUGACAGGACAGAAGGCAGCAGGAGGCAGGGCAGACAUCUCAAAAAAGGCUUGGCCGGGCGCUGGCGGAAGGAUGGAUCACCCCAGGGUCAGCACUACCCCGCACUCCAGUCUUCGAAUUACUCGGAGUAAGCGCAUCAACUGUUGCUGCAACAGUGCCCUGCAAUGCCUCUUUGCAUGUAGCGACGCAUGUGGCCUCUGUGCCUGGUUCUCCACAUGGGUGAUUGCAUCAGCUUGCACCUUUUCUCACCUCGCCUGAGUCAGUUCCUGUUUGUUGGAAGCCCCUUUGAGAUUAUAAGGUUUUUGGUACUUCGUUGUCGGAGCUUUAUUAUUAGGCACUCAUAGCCAUACGGGUUGAUUUCGUUAGUC